GGGGGAGGCGUGAAAGCGUGAAGCUCAGUUUGCGACUGAGGUUUUCAUCGCUUUCAUAAUAAGCCUGAGCUGGUGCAGCUUAUGUGGAAACCAGGCUAUGCAGUGAAACCAUCUGCCGUACAGGCCAUCUCUGUGUCAGGAGACUUGUCUGGUGUUUCUCAGCUUGAAGAAGAUCUCCGGUCAUUAUUGAUCCCUUUUCUUGGCGUUACCUUUUUGAAGUGAAGUUUUACCUAGCUUUCUAGCGUGAGCUUUCUUUUCAGUCAUCUCUCACGUUUGAUCCGUAAUAGACAAGCUCUAGCUCAGCUAUGUCCAAGUCAUACCAGCAGUCCUCUCUAAAUAGGGAUUCCCAAGUUCACGGGCGUGACCUGUCUGCAGGAAUAGGCCUUCUUGCUGCUGCCACCCAGUCUUUAAACGUGCCAGCAUCUCUUGGAAGGAUGAACCAGGGCACUGCUCGGCUUGCUAGCCUAAUGAAUCUUGGAAUGAGCUCUUCAUUGAAUCAACAAGGAUCUCAUAGCGCACUGUCUUCUGCUAGCGCAUCUUCCCAUACUUUACAGUCUAUAUUUAACCUUGGAAGUAGAGGUCCACUCCCUUUGUCUUCUCAGCACCGCGGAGAUGCAGAGCAGGCCACUAACAUUCUGGCCAGCUUUGGUCUGUCUGCUAGAGACUUAGAUGAACUGAGUCGCUAUCCUGAGGACAAGAUCACUCCUGAAAACUUGCCUCAAAUUCUUCUGCAACUUAAGAGGAGGAGAGCUGAAGAAGUCCCUUCACUGAGUUAUGCUAGAGAUGGCAGAUCAGCUGCACGGGAUCCUCCGUACAGAGUACCUAGGGAUGAUUGGGAAGAGAAAAGGCAUUUUAGAAGAGAUAGCUUUGACGAUCGCAGUUCUAGUCUCAACCCAGUGGUUGACUAUGAUCAUGGAAGUCGGUCUCAAGAUUCUGUUUAUUAUGACAGACUGGAUUACGAAGAGGACAGAUUAAGAGAUGGAGAAAGGUGUAGGGAGGACUCUUACUAUGGCGAGACAUCGCAUAAGUAUCGUAAAUUUGACAGUGAGUAUGACCGAGUGGGUCGUGUUCCUGAGAGAUCUCUCUUUGAGAAAAAGAGAGGCGCUCCUCCAAAUAGCAAUAUUGAAGACUUCCAUGGACUCUUACCGAAGGGUUAUCCCCAUCUGUGCUCUAUCUGUGAUUUGCCCGUUCAUUCUAAUAAGGAGUGGAACCAGCAUGUCAAUGGAGCAACACAUAGUCGGCGUUGUCAACUUCUCCUUGAAAUAUAUCCAGAGUGGAACCCUGAUAACGAUUCUGGACAUGGGAUAAAUGAUCCCUUCAUGUUGCCGCAGUCUACAAAUCCUGCCCCAGGGAUUUUGGGACCACCGCCACCUCCUUUUCAUCUCGGAGGGCCACCAAUUGGAUCAAGAGGAAAUGGAAGUAUGCAAGGACCAAGACACAUGCAGAAGGGGAGAGUGGAAACAAGCAGAGUUGUUCACAUCAUGGAUUUUCAGAGAGGGAAAAACCUGCGAUACCAGCUGUUGCAGCUUGUUGAACCAUUUGGAAUGAUCACAAAUCACCUUAUCUUAAACAAAAUUAACGAGGCAUUUAUUGAAAUGUCUACCACUGAAGAUGCUCAGGCUGUAGUAGAAUAUUACUUAUCAACACCGGCAUUAGUUUUUGGCAAGCCCGUGAGAGUGCACUUAUCACAGAAGUAUAAAAGAAUAAAGAAACCAGAACCGAGACCUGACCAGAAAUUCGAACCUCCCAAGCAAGAGCUUGGCCGUGUGAUCCAUCUCAGCAAUUUGCCGCAUUCAGGGUAUUCUGACAGUGCUGUACUCAAGCUGGCGGAGACCUAUGGAAAAGUAAAGAACUACAUUCUGAUGAGAAUGAAGAGCCAGGCUUUCAUAGAGCUGGACACCAGAGAAGCUGCCGAAGCCAUGAUGGAGCACUGUUCCAACAAAGCCCUUUGGUUCCAGGGUCGAUGCGUGAAAGUAGACUUGUCUGAAAAAUACAAGAAAUUAAUAUUAAGGAUUCCUAACAAAGGAGGAGAUUUGCUGAAAAAAGAUAAACCUCGAAAGAGAGGCCUUUCUCCGGACAGUAAAGAUUCUGGAAGUGAAAAAAAAUCCAAGCUAGACGACAGCGAUAAAAAUGAAACCAGCAGCAUGGAAGAUAAAGAUGAAAAGAGAGACGAGGCGGAGCAGCCAGAUACCAAAGGCAGUGAGCAGGCAGACCAAGACGACUCCAAUUUGAUCCUUGAAUCGGAAGAUGAGCUGUUAGUGGAUGAGGAGGAAGCAGCGGCGUUACUGGAGAGUGGCAGUUCAGCGGCUGACGGUGCCGACGUUGCCAACUUGGGCGAUCUAACCACGGAGGAAAAGGCCGCCGCUAAUGCCGAUGGUAGCGUCAAAACUGAAGGGACUGCUGGAACUGCAGCAACAGCCAAGAAACUCAAAAAGAGACAUGUAGGUGGUUUUCCAAGAAGCAUGGAAGGUUUUGUCACUCUAGACGAAGUUGGGGACGAGGAGGAUUCAGAGCAUCAGAAACAACGUAAAGCUGGCAUACUUAAAUCUGCUGUGAAAAGCGAGAGCGCCAUGACUGAAAGCAAAGCUGAUCAGACUGGAGAAAGUGCGCCAGAAAAUGAAGCAAUGGAAAAUGGUGCCAAAACAGAGAACUUGAAGCUGGAAACAUCUGACGUGACCAACGAUGCGGCGGCACUGGAUCCAGUGAAAAAAGAAAGUACAGAUGGGCAAGAAACUAAGGCUGCCCAUGAGAAACUUGCUGAUCCAGAUGAAUACAGAAUUGGACCAUAUCAGCCAAAUGUCCCUGUUGGGGUGAACUUCGUGAUGCCCAGAUCUGGGUUUUACUGCCGACUGUGUUCCUUAUUCUAUACCAACGAAGAGACGGCAAAAAAAACCCAUUGCAGCAGUCUUUCCCACUACCAAAAGUUGAAGAAACACAUGGAGAAAAUGGCUGAAGAACAAAAGCAGAAAAAGGAUGCUUAAAUGCAAUAGAGGCUUGAG